GCUUGGGGCAGGCUUUAGGUGAGGGUGUGUGUGUGUGUGUGCUGGAGGGGGGUGUGUGCUGGAGAGGAGAGAGUACAGAGGUGAACCAGAGAGAAAGAGAGAGAUGCUGCACCUGUGCAUGAUCACCUGAAGAGAAGAGGAAAAGGAAACCGAGCAGAGGUGAAGUUUUGUGAGCAUGGCGGGACAGUUUCACAUCUGAGAGAAUCUCCUUCAGCCGGCUCGUCAUCAACAAGGUCAGUCCUCCCGUCUCUGUUGGUGCCAUGGCUGACCCAAGCUGGUGGAAGCUGACCUUCUCACGCAAGAAGAAAUCUGAAUCCAAAGUCCUGUAUGAGAUCCCGGCUGAGUACGGCAGUAACACUGGAAACAAAGAGCAGGUCUCGACCGUUAACCCUUCUCCGGACCACAUGGACAGCCAGUUCAAUGCCAGGCUGGAGAAGAUUGUGGAUAAAUCUGCCACAAAGGGUCGCCACGUGAAGGUGUCCAACUCUGGACGCUUCAAGGAAAAGAAGAAGGUCCGUGCCACGCUGGUCGAGAACCCAAAUCUGUUCGCUGAGCACAACCUCAGUGACGAGAACCAUAAAAAGAAGACGGACAAAUAGCACAAAGACGUGCACACGAUGGAUCACACCUGUGUCAUAAAUCUGUCACAGAAGAUUAGAUGAAGGAUAAAAUAUGCAAAAGCACAACCGUGAGGCUUUCAUGUGCAAGGUGGACACACACUUGAUACCAGGAGCCACACCCAGUUAGAUACUGUAACCAAUGGAUACCAAACAACUGGUAUCAACAAACCAUUAGACGAAGUACUGGAGACAUUUUGUUUCAUUUUUCUCUCAUACUGUUAUUUAUCUAAAACUCAACAAAUGAAUGAACAGUAAGAUUAUUGUAAAUUAACUUUUUAUUUUUAUUAUGAAGGAUGCAGAUUUUUGGGGAAUUUAAACCUUUUUUUAUUUCUUACACAAUCGAAACACAAGAAGAAGAAACGCGUGUGGUUCAGUGCAACCAAUUUUUAUUACAUUUUUAUGACUAAAGAAAAUAGAGACUUGAUUUUUAUGUUUGAAAUAACUCCACAUAUAUGGUAAAUAAUAUAAAAAUAUAUGUUUAUAUAAUCCUUUCUGGAAUCGUGAAGCAAAAAAAAAUUGUCUUUUGUUUUUAAUAAAUGUAACAAGAUGGGUUAAUAUAAACAGAGUACUUUGUAUUUGUGCAUGAAUAUGCCUCAAACAUUUGAACAUGUAGAUCAAUGAUUUAAGCGACUUUGCGUGUUGAACUUGGCUUCAGCUCUGUGUGUGUGAUGGCUUUGUUGACAUGGCGAUAGAGAGCAGACACUUGAUAUGACAUUUGAUAUCUAGUGUCGUGCUCCUGUGUUUUUUUAAUAAGGGAUCCCUUACGUCAGUUCACAGAAUGACUCAUUAAAGAUAAAUUCACUUAUCAGCUGGGUAAACCUUUUUUGAUUGUGGGUCAUAUUCAGAAAAUAUAAGGAAUUAUAGGCCAAACAAUUAUAAAAGUGUAGUUUUCAACCAGUUACUCUGCAGUUACUCUGCAAGAAAAAUCAAUGUUUUUAGACUAGAAAGCCCCAAUGUGUCAAAAUAAAUUAUUUUUCAUUUAAAAUAAAUGCAACACUACUAAACCGUCUAAAGUUUUACAUUACAGUUAAUGUAAACUGUCCCAAAAUAUUUCUGCAUAAAUGUAAUUUAACUUAAUUCAAUAUUUUUAACUUUGCAGUAUCCAGUUAAAAUAUUAUGAUCAUAAGUCUGUAAAUUGCUAAAUAUUGGUUUCUGUUUAUAUAUAUAUAAGAUAUAAAUCUGUCUUAUGUUAAAAUGUUACAAACAGAACAGGCAGAAAUGAUAAAAUAUUGUUAUGUGCCAAGAGGUUAAGAUAAUUUCACUUAAAUGUUGACAUCAUUUAAGUAGGAUGUACAAUUUUCAUACAGUGCAAUUUAUUAAAUGUGCUCAAGUUAUAUUCUAAUUAUGAAAAAAAUUGUUUUG